AUGAAGCCUUCUUCUUCUUCACCGAAUUCAACGCUGGCUACGGUGGAGAAGAUCGCUCUGGUUCUGCUACCGCUGACCUUGGUCGCCUUCAUCUGCGCCUUCAACUUACCAGACCAGUUCCGGAUCGAGAGGCUAAUUAGCAGAGGAUCCAAUAUUUCUCCGCACGCCGGCGACGGGGCGACCUCCGCGCACACGCCGGAGUUCCGGUUGCUCAUGGGGAUCCUGACGGUUGCCGACCGCUACGAAGCCCGCGACCGGCUCCGCCUCCUCCACGCCCUGCAGCCCCCCGUUCCGGCCCAGAUCGACGCCAGGUUCGUCCUCUGCAACGUCACCGGCGACGAGCACAGAAUUCUGGUGGCCCUCGAGAUCAUGCUCUACCACGACAUCAUCGUCCUCAACUGCUCGGAGAACAUGAACAGCGGCAAGACCUACGCCUACUUCUCUGCCCUGCCGGAGCUCCUCUCCGGCGAGCAAGAGGCCCCCUACGACUUCGUCAUGAAGACGGACGACGACACCUACUUCCGGUUCCCGGAGCUGGUGGAGUCCCUCCGGCGGCAGCCGAGGGAGGACCUGUACUGGGGCCACGAGCAUCCCGCCGGCGAGAAGAACCCCCUCUUCAUGAGGGGGAUGGGCUACGUUCUCUCCUGGGACCUGGUGCGGUGGAUCGCGUCGACCAACGUCACCCGCAACAACACCGCCGGCCCGGAGGACGCCCUCGUCGGCGAGUGGCUGCGCGCCGGAGGGCGGGGGAAGAACGUCUACAGCACCCAGGGAGCCCGCCUCAACUACGACGACACGAAGCCGGUGAUGUACGACUUCCCCUACCCGCCGUGGACUUUUGUGCCCAACACCAUCGCCGUCCACCGGCUCAAGGACCGGAAGAAGUGGGCGACGACGCUGCGCUACUUCAACGCCACCCGAGGGCUGAAGCCCUCCAAGUUCUACCACCUUCUGAACUGA